AUGGAUAUACUCUUUGUUAAGCUAUUUAAACGAUUUAAAUAAAUAAAGGAAACAUUAAAUUAAGAUAAGAGUCUAAAAAUUUAAAGACUCCCAAUAAUUUAGGAGCAUUUAAAAAUAAAGGAUUAAAACUUAGAUUUAACUAAUAUCUAAUUUAAUACUGUGUUAUCAAUAACAUAUUUUAUAUUCUUCAAGGAAUUCAAAUAUUAAACAAUGAUUAUUUUUAUUUUUUAUUUAUUGGAAAGCAUUAGUAAAAAUGCUGUUUCAAUAAUUAUGAGUUUGCUUAUAUCUAAUAUUUUAAAUUAAUCACCAAAUUCCAUAUAUAUUGGAGGUUUACUUAUAUUAGUAAGUUGCAUAGCUAAUAUAAGUAGACAUCAAGCCAUAACCAAAAGUAUGGAAUUUUCAGCAAAAUCAAGAUUUACUUUAUUGAAUAUGCUAUAUUAAAAGUUACUUAAAGUACAAACUUAAGCUAUAGAUACAGGAAAACUAAUUGGACUGGCAACAGCAGAUAUAAGUAUGCUUGAAUACUAUUUUAUGCUUAUAUUUUAAAUCUUUGUGAUGCCUAUAUCAUUUAUUUUUGGAUCCUUCAUACUUUACAUUAGAUUUAAUGGUUUGAUAGGUCUGAUUCCAUUAUUCAUUAUAAUGCUUAUCUAUCCAUUAUAGAUAUUUAUUUAGAAGUAAUCAAUUUAAUAUACAAAAUUAUACAAACAAGAGUAAGAUAAAAGAAUUAAGUUAUAAUCUGAAUAUAUAGACAAUAUAAAAGUCAUAAAAAUGUAUAAUGUAGAAUAAAAAUUAAAUUAAAGAAUUUUAGAAGUGAGAAAACGAGAAUAGUAAUAUUUAUUCAAAUCUUAAAUGAUUUAAUUAAUAGACAGAAGUUUGAAUUUUUUUGCUCAAAUAUGGGCAUCAAUGAUAUUUAUUGUUAUUCUCUAUUUAUUCAAUUAUGAAUUAAAUAGUGCCUCUUUAAUAGCUACAAUUUAAUAAUUAUAAUAUUUUAAGGUUAGUUGUGUGUAAUAAGUAUCUUAUGGAAUUUAGAGUUAUUUAAAUAUAAAAAUGAUAUUUCAAAGAUAUAUUGAUAUAUUCAAUAAUCUAAAGAUAAAAAAUAAAUAGAUUCAAAUUCACCAAACACCAUAACUAAUAAAAUUUAAUAAUUUUAGUAUAGGUUGGAAAUAAGAGUAAACACUUUUGAAAUAAAUAUCAAUUGAAAUCAAUCCAAAAGACUUUAUACUCAUAACAGGUAAAAUGGGUAGUGGAAAAACUUCAUUUUUGUUGUCUUUGAUAGAUGAUGGUCCUUUAACUUUAUGUGGAUCAAUGACAUAGAAGGAACAUUUAACUAAAUCUUAUGUUGAAUAAGAUCCCAUAUUAUUUGAGGAUACAAUUUAAAAUAAUAUCACAUUUGGUAAAUUAUAUAUUGAAGAAUUGUACUAAAAAGUGAUUGAAGUUACUUGUUUAUAAGAAGACAUAUUAAAAAUGUAAUAGAAAGAUAAAACUGUAAUAAAUGACAGAGUUACAACUAUAUCAGGUGGUUAAAAAACAAGGAUAGCUUUAGCUAGAGCAUUAUAUUCUUUAUCUGAUAUAUUAAUAUUAGAUGAUCCAUUUAGUUCAUUAGAUGUGCCAAUAUAAAUUUAGAUAUAUAAAAAUUUAAUAGUGUUUUUAUAGAAUUAUCAUGUUUCAUAGACUAAUAAAUAUCCUGCUAUAGUUUUGACAUCACAUUCACAAGCUAUAAUUAAUUAAUUUUAAAAGUUUUAUCUUCUUUAAGAUGGAUAAUUAAUUGAAUAAUUAAAUGAAAACUUUAAUGAUUUUAAAUUAAUUAAUAUAUCUAAAAAUGAAUCUAUUGUUUAAUAAUAAACUAUUGAUAAAAAUUAAGUAAUUUAAAAUAAGGUAUAGAUUAAAAAAGAUAAUAAAUUUUUAUAUUAUUUUAGAUAUUGGACCAAAAAUAAGAUAUUAAGUAUAAUAUUGGUAAUUUUAGUUGUAUUAUUGAAUUUUUUAUCAGAAAUUUUAUAUAAUUGUUAUUAUAAUGGAAUUUCAUUAAUUAAAACUGAUAAUUAUGAUGAACAGAUAAGAUAUAUUAUUAUGAUAUGUAUAUUGGCAUUUGUAAAUAAUUAUGUAAAGUAUAUUUUAAACUCUUAUGGAUGUUUAUCUGCCAAUUCUCAUAUUCAUAAUAACAUGAUUUAAUCAAUAUCAUAAGGAAAAAUGUCAUAUUUUGAUUAAACAGUUGGUAGUUAAGUAUUAACUAAAUUCAGUACAGAUUUAAGUUUGGCUGAUAAUAUGAUUUCAGUAACAUUAUUUGAUUUUUGGGAACUUGGAUCAUAUUUUUUAGUUUCUUUAUUUAGUUUAGUUAUAUUAUAAACUCAUUUCAUUUACAUAAUGAUUGUAACAAUUCUUCUAAAUUAAUAUAUUCUUAGUAAUUAUAGGAAUUUAAUAUUGAAAUCUUAAGAAUUAGAUUAAUAAACUAAAGGUCCUCUAUUAGAUCUAUUUAAAAAAACAAUUGUAGGUUUGAGAACAAUAAAUGUUUUUGAGUAAUAAGGAUAUUUUUUGUAAUAAUUUAAUAUUGCUACAAAUAAUGCAAUUCUUUCUAAUACAACUUAUUAUUAUGCACAAAGAUUAUUUGGUAUUAGCAUAGACUUUUUAGGUUUGAUAGUUUAAUAAUGUGGAAUAAUAAUGAUUUGUAUAUAUAAUAAAAAUGAGACAUUUACACAAGCAUUAUUAUUGCUUAUGAUUUUUAAUGAAAAUUAAUAAUGGUUUUUAAGAUAAUAUCUAUCAUUUAUAACUUAAAUUAAUUGUGUAGAUAGAAUGUAAGAUUUAAAAGGUAUAGAUAAAGAAGAAAAUAAUAUAAAUACAAAAAAAACUAUAAAUUUGUAAGGAAAUAUAAGUUUUUCAAAUGUUUAUUUAAAAUAUAAUUAGGAUUAUGCAUUAAAUGGAUUAACAUUAAAUAUUAAAUAAGGGGAAAAAGUAGGAAUUAUAGGUCGUACAGGAGCUGGUAAAUCAUCAAUCAUUUCAAUUAUAUUUAGAUUAUAUGAUAUAGAUAAAGCAGAAAGAUUUGAGAUUGAUAGUUUUGACAUAAGAAAUAUAUGUCCUUAAAUUUUAAGGAGUAAUAUCAGUAUUAUACCAUAAUAACCAAUGAUCUUUAAUGAAACUGUCCGAUUUAAUAUUGACUUAUUUAAUUAACAUAGUGAUAAAGAUAUUAUGAAUAUAUUGAGAGAUGUUAAACUAUAUGAUUAUGUAUAAAGUUUACCAAACGGAUUGAAUUCUCAUUUUGGAGAAUUAUCCUAGGGUCAUAAAUAAUUGAUUUCUUUAAGUAGAGUAUUACUUUAGGAUAGACCAAUAAUCAUUAUGGAUGAAGCAACUUCUAAUUUUGAUUCUGAAACUGAUUUAUUAAUUGAAGAAAUCCUUUUAUAAAAGUUAAAGAAUAAAACUGUUAUUACUAUUGCACAUAAAACAUAAAGUAUAAGAAAUUAUGAUAAAAUAAUGUUAAUUGAAAAUGGUAGAGUAUCGAAAGUAGGAAAUCCUUUAGAGAUUCUUAUUAAUGAUUAAUGA